AUGCUUCAACUUCGACCCACGUCGGGCAGCAGGAAACCAGGUGGUAUCGCAACAACAUCCCAGGAAUUUAACUUCGAUGGCGGAUCAGGACCACUUUCCUUCGAGCCAUUGAAUCAAGCGGGGUCAUGUUUCACUGUGAAGGGCAAUGUGCUUGAUGUUGCCAACUGCGAUGAUAAUGAUGCCAACCAAAAGUUCACCUUUGGUGACGCGGCCACCGGUGGAAAUGGGAAUGACAACAAUAACAGCGGCGAUUCAGACGCAAACACGACCUCCGCCGCCGAGGUAGAGACCACUGCUGCUGCACAAACCUCCUCUGAAGCUGUUGAAACUACUGCUGAGGCUGUGGAGACUACAGCUGUGGCAGAGACGACCGCCGCUGAGACUGCUAUUGAGACUGCGGCCGCCACCACGUCUACCAGCUGUACUCGGCGCACUCGCACAGUCAAAGCUACUGCGGAAGCCUCCCAAGUUACGGAUGAGCCGGUGACAACCUCGGCCGCGGCAUCCACGGCUCCUGACGAUGACUUCCCCGUAGCGGGCAAUCCUGCCGUAGUUACAGACACAGCGACCAAUGGAGGGCAAGGAAUACCGAACCCAACCGAGGCUGUACCUGUCUCUCGAGCGGGCGGGACGCUAAAUCCUACUGCUGUCGCCGAGUCUCAACAACGUGACGAUACUGCCACCCGCGCCUUUGAAAGCGUCGAAAUCCGCGCCCCGAACGGCCAGUGCCUCUUUGUAGACCCUACUGCUGGAGAUUUCAGAGAGAACUUGAUCCCUGUUGCGUUGGUUGACUGUGGCGGCACGCCAAAUGAGAAAUGGGACGUUAUCACGGCCGGCAAGCACAACAACGCAGCCGAUAGCGCCAUCAUCGUCAGCAGUCUGAUGCAGGGCUGCAUCAGCUUCGACGGAAGACGAGCAGAAGGAGACACAGUCACCAUGUUCUCAUGGGAGCUUAGCUUUGCCUUCGCACCGGUCAGUGAAGGUAACAAGACUUGUAUUCUACCUGACGAGGCUUCAGAGAGGCUGGUUUCUGGUCCGUGCCCAACGGACGGUGCCCAGCUGUUUUCAAUCUUCCCUUGA